UCCUCUUGAAUCUAUCAAUGUUGUUGAUGAUAUCAUGUGGCCAACUUUAAAUGAGGGUUUUCAAAACAUAAAUUUUUAUGUGCGGAAACAAAUAUUUGGCAUAUGAUAUAGCUGUAACGAGGGUGACUUCAAAUAUGUAAUUUUUAGUCUCUUAAUGAUGAAUCUAUCGGUACAACUGGCAUUCGUCGUUGUUUUCAUCAGUCAGUCUGUCUCUCAUGAGGAUGGAGCAAGACGGAAUUCCCAACGCUAUGCCACGGUCAGCAAGAAAUUCAAUAACAAAAUUUUCAUCGAUAGAAAAAGGGUCGAAGCACAGAAUAAAAACAUUGAGGAUUUUGAGAUCAUACAGAACAACGAAUCCUUAUGGUCUUCCAAGUCUUUUCUGUUUGCAAAGACAUCAACUGACGCAAAGUUAAAAUUUCUGAAAAAUAAGCUGUCGCUGGUGGGACUGCAGUUGUCAGAUGAAGCUGAUAACAAUACGGGAACAGUCAUUGUUUGUGGACCAAAAGGUGCUCAUCUGAACAUUACGUGGAGACCCAAAGUGAUCGACCCGUAUAAGUGUGUUAGAAUAUACUUUGACAUCAUCAGUCCAACAUACUUCGACAAAGGUCAUGGGAUUCUUGAUGUAUAUCUAAAAGGUAGCUCUUACCCAAUGUAUUCCGUGGAUCGAGAGACAUCUUGUAGUUUCUUUAAACAACUAGACCCUUUAAUAAUGUGCCCUUUAAAAAAAGGAGCGCCAAUCAGAUUUGCGAUUCAAUACAGCAAGUUAGACGACCUACCUGUGGGAUCGUAUACCAUUGUUUUGAAAAUCUUCAGUUUUGAGGCAAAUCCACCACUGGUUGCCUGUGUGAACUUCACCCUCCACAUUGCUACAUCAUAACUCUUAAUCCAGUAUAUCAGAAGGAUGAUAUACUAGUAUUUCAUAAUAUUUCGUAAUUGAAUGAAAUGUUUUUGCAAUGUCGCUAAGUCUUUGUACUUAAAGCUAAAUGAAUGCAUUUUUUUCAUUAACAAACCUAGUAUGGGCGGUUUUUAAAAACAUAUUGAAAUACGAAACAGAGCAGCUUAAAACAAAAUUAACAGACUCGUUUUCAAAAUCAACAGACAAAAGAAACAAUCAUACCAAAGUGUUACAUUGAUAUUAAACUAUACAACCAUUUUUUUAUAAGAUAGACAUCAAUUGAAAAUCUUCUUUUUCCUCUUUAAUAUUCGUACAUAGUAGAGUUUGUAGAAAUUUUAUGUGUUUUAGAAGGCAACCUCUAUUUUUUGCACUUAAAUAAACGCAUUCAGAAA